UUAGUAGACUCGUGACUGACAUAUCAGCGUGUUGCUGUUUACUAUACCACGUUAUUUUUGGAAUUUGAAAGCCAUCAAUUCUGAAUCCAAAUUUUAUAGAUUUCAUUUACACUAAAAUCGUUUUCAAGUUCAUCAAAAAUGCCUCGACUGCAUAAAUUGAGAAAAGCAAAGAAAUUUCGUUACAAUGUGAAUCGUAAACGAUUGAAUAAAAAAAAAAUAAGCACCGGACAAAUAAAAUGUCUGGUGUGGGAAGAUCGAAAAACGAUAACAUCCAAUUUGAAGGAGAUAGGCUUGGGUUGGGAUCCAAAUAAAGUGAUUAAAAUAACGAAUGCACAUGAUGAACGUGUACGAAUGAUUAAGAAGAUGCAUGGAUUCAUCGAAGAAGAUAAUGAUAGCGCCGAGCCACAGCCGAUCAAAAGACCAAAAGGAUUCGUAAUGGAACAAAUGGAAGCUGAAGCAAAUGCUCUGCGCGAAUCAAAUUUCAGAUUGCCGAAAGGAUUGAUUGCAUCGCUCAGCUAUUUCUUGGACAAACACAAGUUAAACUAUAAGGCGAUGGUAAUGGACAAGAAGAACUACGACCAAUGGACAUGGAAACAAUUUCGAGCGAAGUGCCGAAAAUUCAUGUCCAUUCCAGAACAAUUUGAUGUUUAUCUUCAGAGCAGGAGCUUAGAUAAGAAUUCUUUGGAUUGGACGGAGUAUGAAUCAGACAGUGAAAUAUGAUUGUUCUAUCAACUUUGAUUCAAUAAAAAUAAAUAGAAGAUUUAAUAAAACCCUGGA